AUGUCUUCCGACUAUUUACCAUCUUCCGGCAGCCGACCGCUCCCUCAUCUAUUGGUGAUUCUUCGGCUUGAGCCAGGAGAUCCCCGAUGCUCAGGGUAUGCUCCGUCCGUAGAGCGAAGAUGCCUCAAGCACACAAACUCUCAUGGUCGACAAGCUGCCGAAAGAUUCCUUGAGUUUGGAACAAAAAGGCUAUACGCCGGGGGAUCCAUCAAUAACAUGCUUGAUAUUAUAGCUGGCCACAUGCUAUGUAGCACUCAUAAAAGCCAGAGCCGUGACCUGGCAGCUCGCUGGAAAGAAAAAGUCCAGCCAUACGCCGAGAUUUGGUUGAGGUCUAGCUCACACCUAGACCUUCAACCAGUCAGCGAAGUUCAAUCAUCAUCUGUCGAUAGACAAUCAAUUCCCCACCUAUCCAGUAUUCUUAACCUGAACCACGAGAAAAACCACACAUGUGCAGGAUAUGCUCCAUCGAGGGGGCAGCCUUGCCGGAAUCGAAUAGGAGAUCAGAAUCGGACAUAUGUAAUGCACUUGUUGGCCGUUGGUACUACAGGUAUUCAGCGUGGAGAGCGCAUUGAUCUAAUACUUGAGGACGUGGCUCUACAUGUGCUAUGUAACGUUCACAAGAGGCAGAUGCCUGGUCUGGUUAGACUUUGGAAAACACGAGUCGAGCCAUUCAUCCAGCAUCCCGCUACUAUAUUCACGAGAUGCUUGUCACGUCGGCCACAGCAAUUGAAUCAAUCACUGGACACUCCUUUUGAGGUUGAGGAUGUCUCCCCGGAAAGGUCCUUCACCCAAACACGCAAUCGUCAAUCUGCUGAAGGAGAGGCUUCAAGAAUUUCAUCAAACUUGGCUUCAGAAGACAUACAUUUAUCUGACGCAGUCUCUGGGAGUUCAGAGUCCACAAGCGGAGAUAGUGAGAAUGAAUCGCCUGGAUCAGAUUCAGAAAUUGGAAGUCCAUCUGAGUCAACUUCAUCCGAAGCAAGUUCCUUGGAGAACUCGAAUUCUCAAACAGAAACUGCGCCCCUUCUACCUUCCUCCCAGCAGACUGAGACUGCAAGUGUAUCAGACACAAAAUUCCUCUCAAGUCAAUCCUUUGAGUAA